UCGUGAUAAAAAUUGCAUCUUUGUUUACAUACAUUUUUCAUCGGAAAUUGAGAAAACACGCACAAACUAUAAAAUAUUAGCAGUUUUUCAGCCAAUUUUCUUCAAAUGGCUGCAGGAUGUAGCAAGUCGUUUGCAUCCAAAUACGAGGAGGAGCUGUACUACGAUGUGGAAUACGAGAAUUUCUGCAAAAACUUCGAGUUUUCGAAUUCCUCCUCCUGUUGGAUUUGCAACGGAUAUUAUGGACCAAGCUACGGGGAACCACUUUGCGGAACGUGCCAUUCGUUUAUUUUCCCUAAUCACCCGAACGAAGAAGCCGAAGGACUAGUGACGGAACUUUCCGACGAUGAAGACUCCGGCAAUGAUGAGCCUCCGGAGAAUGGAUCGAAGGACCGUGCCGAUGACGAUGAUGAUUCCGAUUACGAUCUGGUGGAACGACCCCGGCCGUCUGCACCUCGCAACCUGAACCAGUACUUAGACAUGCUCUCCCAGCCAAGGGAGUCGGACGAAUCCCAGCAGAAGAUUUGCUCCCUUCCGGUGGAGGUCCUGCUGUCGAUAUUCUCCUAUCUGGAUGAUUUGUCGCUUUGGAACGUGAGCGAAGUUUGUAAGCAGUGGAAGCGGAUUCUGGAAGUACACACCCCGCAGCAGAUGUGGAAAAAGUAUACAAAGGAGAGGUGGCCUCUGUUCCAGCAGAUUUCCACCAUUCCGAACUGGUUGCACAUGUACGGUGCACUGAUGAACUCAUGCUUCUGCCGAACCUGUCUCAUUCAAAUGGCCCUGAAGACGCCGAUGCGCGGACGGGUCAACCACAUCCGAGCGAAUCGAUUACGGAGUGACAUCCGUUCUCUGGAUCUGGAUGCCACCGAAGGUAUCGAUGCCGUAGCGCUCGAUAACCAGCUGUUCCACUGGCAGGCAUCGAUUCUGGGCCCAGCCGGUAGCCCCUACGAAGGGGGCAAGUUUUUCCUCUACAUUGUGAUUCCUUGCUCGUACCCGAUGCUCCCGCCACAGGUUCGUUUCCUGACGAAGAUCGUUCAUCCGAAUGUUUCGCGCCACGGCGACGUGGGAAUCGACAUCAUCCAGCACAAUUGGUCGCUGGCUUUGACCAUUUCCAAGCUGCUACUUUCGGUUCAGAGCUUACUGACGGAUCCAUUCACUCAGAUUUGUAUGGAACCCGAACUCGGAAGGAUGUACGAGAAUGAUCGACCCAAAUUUGAAGCCCUUGCGAGACGAUGGACUUGGAAGUAUGCUAUGUACGAAGUCUUACCACCGCUCGAGGGGCUAUUGUAGACGACAAAAACUGCAUCACACCAUACCAGGUAAGUCAAAAUUAGGCCACAGAAACCAGAACCAAGCGGCACACUUUCUCGGAUAGCGCAGGCGUUAUAAUAAGUUCAAUUGCUUCUUAAACUGCUUAAAUAUCCUUAAAAAAAACUCGAAAGAUGGAAAUGUUUCCUAACGCAUAGUUACUAAUGGCAGUCAUGUGCCCGAUAAAAAAUCCUAAACUGCAAAAGUGGAAUUAGUUAAGCAAUAAUUUAUUCAGCUAUCAUAAAAGAAAUUAUUUAUUUGCCUGAAUUUUGGUUCCGAACUGGGCGAGCACAAACAACGAUUAUAGAUGAGCAAAUCAGCCGAUUGCACAUCCCUAGACUAGGCCGAGGCUGUAUGCUUCGGUUCAGCUGUCCCAUUCCCUACCAGCGUUACAUAUUUCAUGACAACACGCCCCCUGGCAUGAAUACCAAAGAUUGCGCUACUACAUGGGAUGUGAGACACGUAAUCAUCUAUAUAAGAGCUUUGGCGAUAAGCGAAUACCGAAGCUUUACAUUUGGAAUGUAGUGCGGGGAAAAUAUGCCAUGAUCGACGCAGAAAAAGACAAAUUUACCUUACUGAAACCCCCGUAAACACCCUAUCGAUGUGACUGAAUAAAUUUGUGGAAAUUGUGA